GGCGGGGCCAGCUGCCGGCGGGCGGGGCGGCGCAGCAGCGCUCCGAUGGCGGUGAGCCGGGCGCUCGCCCUGCGCCUGGCCUACGCGGCGGCCGGCGCCCUCAUGGGCCUCUCGGCCUUCUUCACCUGGAGCCUGGCGCCGGCCUUUCGACAGCCCGCCACGGCGGCGGCGGGGGGGCUCUCGGGUGUUCUGGCGCUCUGGGCCCUAAUCACGCAUGUGAUGUAUGUGCAGGAUUACUGGAGGACCUGGUUAAAAGGGCUGAGGUUCUUCCUCUUCAUCGGGAUCCUCUUCUCAGCUCUCUCAGUGGUGGGAUUCUGCACAUUCCUGGUUCUGGCCAUCACCAAGCACCAGUCCCUGACUGAUCCCAGAAGCUACUACCUGUCGUGCGUCUGGAGUUUCAUCUCCUUGAAAUGGGCCUUCCUGCUCAGUUUGUACGCUUACCGGUACAGGAAUGAGUUUGCAGACAUCAGUAUCCUCAGUGACUUCUAACGCUUGGACUUCAACCCUGUCUGAAGGUGCUGGAUGUUUGAAUUGCCCUCCAGAGGCAUGGUACAUGCAAGAGAUGUAUGAGAGGUGGAGAAGGAACCCACCCAGUGCUGCUUGGUUUGUCUGUCUGCAGUAGGGGUUUUUCCUAAUUGCUUUUACUCAACCAUUUAAAGUUUGGCUAAUGAUGUCAAUCUAGUCUUUCUGUAACUUCCCUGGGAGUCCUGUGUCUGGUAGUGAGGUGAAAGACUCCACGUGCUUACACGCAGCAGGCCUAGAUCCACUCUUUGUGUUGCCCCGAAAUCCAGGGGAGCUUUCAAGUGGGGAGGAAGUCCUGGGCCCUCGGGGUUGGUACCUCGCGGACGCAGCACCCCGACAUCUUGUCCUCACGAGCGCAUCCCCAGCCUGCUUCAGGUGGGUGCCCCAGAUGCGGGUAGCAAAGAACCCUACUGUGUGAAAGUCAGCUCCUUUUGCACUGCCCUGCUCCUCAGAGGAAGGGAGAGAUGAGCCCUUCCUUGUGGCAGAAGGCCCUACCUACCUCCCAGCCAAUACCCCGCAUCCUCCAGGAUUUUCCUUUUACACUCUGUACACCAGGUCAGCUCACUCCUGGGGUCUGGAGGAGCCUGGAGGGAUGGGCCAGCAGCAGAGAAGCACUAGUCAUCUCAAGGCUCUGUCAGAGGUGGAGAGCGCUGUUUCUGGCUGCUUUUAACAAGGAACUUAAUACCAUAUUUAAUGCUCAAAUUUAUAGCAUGUAGAAUCACGUGUUUGGGUGAAAGAUGCGCUGGGCAAAGGCAUAAACCCCUGGAGAAACAUGAAUAUGAUUCUCAAAAAAAAAAAAAAAAUCAUCUUUUUGUAGGCAGUAGCAUUUCCUUUUCUUUGCUCAGCUUCCCUGUAACAGUCAGCAGGACGAGAGAAGGGAGAAGACACAGUACUCAAAAAUAAGAAAGGUAUCCAGAGUCGGCUUCCAGCAAGCCUCUGUAACGAGAGCCACUGGCAUAAUGCAACCCCAGAUAAAUUGCUGGGCCGCUCGUGCGGCGAGUUAAGGGGUGACAGGUCUACACACCUGUGCUGGAGACAGCAGGGCUUGGCUGGCAGGUCUGUGCCCCAUGGCAGCAGAGCCUCCCCUCUGCGUUCCAGCCGCGCGUGGCACUGCCCUGACGAACCUAAACCCCGAGUGGAUUUUGUGACCCCUUUCAUCCCCGUGUUUGCCCCCUGCCAGCAGCUACCUUGAGAAGCUUGAGACCGCCAAGCGUUUGCAUCUUCCCUUGUUCUCUACACGUACUUCAAACCAGCUUAAAGGUUUCGGGCUGCUGCUCUGGCAGAAUCCAGUUUUGCCGUGUCAGACAGACGGUGCUGGCUGCUACAAACUGGAGAUGGCCAACUUCCGUGACUGAUUCCGCGGGUGGGUGGGAACGAGGCAGGAGGAGCCCCCUUCCCUUGCAGCCCGAGGGAAGGUGAACAAGGUGGGUGUUUGAAGGAGCCUCCCAGACGCGGUUGUCCUGCCACGGCUCCAGGGGUGCUGCUGGAGCCUUCCCCCAAGUGCCGUUUUGGCAACGUGUGGCAGAGGGGGGGUGGGUGACGGGACCUGCUCAGGGCUUUGUGGCCACGUGAGGUGCGAGCGGAGGGUCCUGCGUGCUCUGUUGUCAGCCCAGGUUUCUCUCGUGCCACGCAUGUCUGGUUUUGUGCAGCUGGCUGCUGGGGACUCUCUGUUCCCUCCUCCUCGCCGUGUGCUCUGACUUAGCUGUGUUUGAAUCCCUCUCCGUGCUCAGAGGCUCCAUCCACACCUUCGCUGUUCUGUGCUUUGCUUUGGGAGAUGAGUGGUUCAAGCACGAGGUAGUUCACUUGAGCUGUUGAGGGGAUUUUGGAAGUGUUUGGCAGCGUCUGUUGAUGGCAGUUUCCUGUUUCUUGCGCAGGAAGAGCCUCAGGUGACUUAACUGGGUUGAGGAACAUCUUUGGGUCAGUGUGUAAACGGAGGUUAUAGCCAGCUUUUGCCAGGGGACCUGCUGGAGUCACUCAACCCAGAGAAAGGCUGCCAAUGUGAAAUGCGCUUUCUUAUGAGACUAAUACUCAGGCUUUGAAAUACUGAAAUCUCCCUUUCCGCUGGCGUCGGGCGGCCAGCGUGCCUGGCAGGGGAUGGGAGGCCUCGCUUCACUUCCCUGCCCAGCUGUGGAGCUUGCAGGUGGUUUUAGCAUCGGUCAUUUCAAUAAGCCAUUUCUCAUCCUGCCUCCCCCCCCCCCCCGACACCCCCCUGCCUGCGCCUUUGCUGUGCCGGUGCCGCUCGGGAUGCGGGAAUCCCGACACACUGGUCGGGCUGGGGGAGCUCUGCUACUGCCUUACAGCAAAACAUUGUCCCCCUAUGUCACUGAAUUGCAGAGCCCUCCUGGCUGCACGCCACUGGCAUCUCGUAGGAGCACAUCAGGGGCUCCCUUCAUGGGCACGUGUCCAAAAGUCCUAUCACCUUACCCCCCCCCCCGGAGUUUUUUAAAGUUUAUUUUUGUGACUGUAAAUUUGCCUACAAGCAGCUCACUGAAUCUAACCCAUUUUCUCCCUGACGUGUUUUAGCUCUGGACUUUCUACUUGCAUCUCAGCUUUUUAAAAGAUGGUGUAUGUAAAUAUAUAAUAUAUUUUUACAUUGUUUAUGCUUCGUUUGCACGCUUGGUGUAAGAUUUGGUGCUGCGGUGGGAUGAUGUAAUUCACAGUGGGGUUCAUUUGCGUGUAUCCCAAUGUUUCCUUGUACUAAACCACACUAUAACUUGUAUGUGACACCACAAUAAGAGCAGAAAUACAGUCGUCUUUCUCACCAAA